AUCACGUGGAGAUGAGCCAACUUAACUGCACUCUAUCAUGCACAGGGAUUAAAUGGAUACAUAAUUCCCUGUGCAUAAUCAUUAUUGCUAGCAUGAUCAUUUCAUAAAAAGAUUUUAUAAAUAAGUAAAAACCUUAGCCUAAUCCCAUAAACCCAAAAACAUGUUCGAGAAAAAAAAUCAUGCCAUGGACAUCCAAGAAAGGCAUUUCAAUUGGGUAUGUUCAAAAAGAUCUAGUAUAGGAUAAAUUUUCAGAAACCUAGCAGGAAUUCCCCGUACCAAAAUGCCACGGAUAGAUCGUGUGAAAGCCGAGUAGUGCUCCACAUCCCCUCAUGCAAGUAGAAACAAAAUCUUGAACUGAAUCUAGCCGAAAAAGGCUUUGAUUGGCCACUACUGUGCAUGCUCUCUUAAAGCACGAGCCACCAAAGGCAUGCUCUGCAAUUACCAAGAACUAAUUCUCUCUGUAACUCCCAAUCCACCACCCCUAGCAUUUACUCCUUGCGUGGUUUUAAAUGUCAGUUUCCAAUGUGCCCAAUGAUCUCAGGGUUUAUGGGCCGCAUUUCCCUUCCAUCUUCUCCAUAUAAUUGCUGGCCUGCAAGCAAUUCCAGCAUCUCCCAUUCUCCCGGAAGGAUGGAGGCCAACCAUGAGGAGAGCUGCCUGUUGCCUUACUGGACAAGUGCUUGGGCUGGUAGCAACCUGCUCGAAGAGGAAGCGCUCCUCUCCAGCCUCUCCUUCCCGAGCUUGCACUUCCAGCCGUCCUACUCGACCAUCACCCCCAGCAACAUUCUGCAAGAUGAGCUCGACGCCAUCUUCAAGGACGAUGUGCUGAAGCACUGGGACGAGAUGGAGCGAGCUGACAGCAAGGCAGAGGACGGCGGCCACAAAAGGUUGCCGCUGCUCUGCUACGGCGAUGAGAAGGAUGUGUUCUCCGGCUCCAACUCCGGCGCCACCAAGGUCGCCGGAGCGGACCAGCGUGCGAGGCCGCCGGAGGAGACGGCCCUGACGUUCGAGCUCGUGUCGCAGUACUUCUACAUGCCGAUCAUGCAGGCGGCGCGGGAGCUCAACGUCGGCCUCACCCUCCUCAAGAAGCGGUGCCGGGAGCUCGGCAUCCCGAGGUGGCCGCACCGCAAGAUGAAGAGCUUGCAGUCCCUCAUCAACAAUGUCCAGGUCCUGCAGGAGGCCGGCAAGGCGACCGGGGAGGAGCAGCUGCGGGCGGUGGUGGAGAUGCUGCAGCAGGAGAAGCAGCUCCUGGAGCAGAGGCCGUACGUUCAGCUCGAGAAGAAGACCAAGAGGCUCCGGCGGGCCUGCUUCAAGGCCAACUACAAGAAGAGGCGGCUCUUGGCUCUCGAAGGUGAGGAGGCAACAAGAACAACCCACAAGUACUGAUCCAAUCCAACAAAUAUACGAGCGAUGAG